AUGAGACAGAAAGGCUACCAGUAUACUGGCUCACAAUGUGAAUCAAAAUUUAAGAACUUAAAACAGAACUACACGAGAAUGGUGGAUCACAACAAUGUUUCAGGAAACAAUAAAAAGACUUGCCCGUAUUUUGAAGAACUAAGGAAAAUUUUUGGCAUGACACCGUGCGUGAAACCCAUCGCCGUUUGUUGUAACAGAGCUACAAGUCCUGCUAGUGGAUUUGAGGCAGAUGCAUGCAGCUCCAUCUUUUCUGGGGGGGUCUCUGGACUCUUCUAUGCAAGAACUGUCGUCAGACAAUGAAUCUAUUCCCCCUAAAGAGAAAAAACGCAAGGGAAAAAGGCCUGCACAAAGUAAGGAAAGUCUUGUUGAUUUGUUUAAAGAGUAUCGACUAGAACAAAAGCUGAAAGAGGAAGAGCGGGAAAAAACUUCAAGGAAAUGCACCUAG